GAAAAAGCGCGGGAAAUUUUCUCCCAUCAAGUAUUUGACAUCCGGUAGCGUGUGCAUAUGGCCAAUGUUUACGAUGUUUAUAAUGAUGCAUCUGAUAUAUUCUGAAGGAAAUAUGAUAUUGAAUUCAACAAAAUAACUUAAAGCCAACAAAUGCUAAAGAUGGAGAAACUGAGUGCAGUGAGUGUUAGCCUAAAUAGGAUAAAUGGAGAAGAAAAUUACACUACAGAUGAUGAAAGUGAUGAGAAGACUGAGGGGAAAGUGUCACGGAAAAAAAUCAAGCGCAAAAAGCAAGUUGAAAAAAGAAGCAGCUCUAUCACAAGGGAUGAUGAUGGGAAGGAUCUUCCUCAAGAAGCUGAUCAACAAGAAACAAGGACUUCAGAAACAUCACAGAGUCAAGUAAAUAGAGGAAGGAGUCUGAAGAAGACAGCAAGAAAUGCUACCCAGGCGGACAUUGAGGAACGCGUGACAUGCAAAAUGUGCAACAAAAAGUACAAAAACAAAUAUUCCUUAGCACAUCAUAUACGUGAGUAUCACAAAAGUAAGACAAUGGAACUAAGCGCAGAUGAAAGUGGUGAUGAUUCAGACACUGAUGAACUUCGUUGUUUUAUUUGUCACAAGAUGUACAAGAAUUAUCUUGCGUACCAAAAGCACCUCAAAAGUAUCCAUUUGGAAGGGGAAUUGAAAAAAUAUUCAGCAGAAACUGAGACAUCUUAUAAUCAGGGGAGAAAGGACAUAGAGAUGAACAAGGAAAAGAAUGAAAAGGAACAUGAAAAAGAACAGGGUAAAGAGAUUCCUGCACAUAGUGAAGAAGAGGUGGAAACUACUUUUAGUGAGAAAGAGUACUCCUGUCCACACUGCCCUAAACAGUUCUCCAGGCUAUGUCAUGUAACAAACCAUAUUAAUAUGAAGCAUUGGAAAGGAUCUAAGGAUGGAAACACAACUGUUGAAGAAUUCAGUAGACAAUGUAAAAAAAAUUCACAAACUAGAAAGAAAGGGGAAACACCAAAGGACAAACAAGAAUGCAAGUUUGGGGAAAAGGGUGAAAUAUCGUGUGAAAUGUGCACAGACAAAUUUGAGACAAGUUUUUUAUAUGGAAUUCAUCUUGAGAAAUUCCAUGGUGUUGAGAAAAAAAGAGCUAGAAAACUUGAUCCAGGGGUUAAAAGCGAGUGUUCAGAAAGCGAAAGUGAGGAUGAAGAACCUGUAGAACGUGUUCAAUGUCCAGCCUGUUCAAAAUCGUACAAAAAGCGGAAAUAUUAUUUAGCACAUUGGAGGAAAUGGCACAAAAAUAAAAAAUCUGUUAAAGUUGAAGGAUUAUCUGAAAAAGAAAGUACUAGAAAUAGAGAGUUACCAGUGGAAAGUGAGAAUUUGGGAACGGAAAGUGAAAGUGAGGGUGAAGAACCUGUAGAACGUGUUCAAUGUCCUUCCUGUUUGAAUUCUUACAAAAGGCGGAGAUACUGGUUAGCACAUUGGAGGAAACAUCACAAAAAUGAGAAAUCUGUUAAAGUUGAAGGAUUAUGUGGGAAAAAAAGUGCUAGAAAUAGAAACUUACCAGUGGAAAGUGAGAAUUUGGGAACGGAAAGUGAGGGUGAAGAACCCGUAAAACGUAUUCAAUGUCAAGCCUGUUCGAAAUCGUACAAAACGUGGAAAUGCUUGUCAGUACAUUGGAAGAACAAGCACAAAGAGGAGAAGAAAAUUGACCUUACUGACUGUGAUGAAUCAACAGAUGAUGGGGAUGAUAUCCAUGGUGCUAAAGUUGAUUUUGGCUGUACAACAUGUUUCAAAUCUCACUCUUUCAAAUGCAGGUUUUGUGAAAAACCAUACACAAGCUUUUGGUACCUAAGGAGGCAUUACAGGAAUGAGCACAAACAUGGAUUGCAAAGCACGAAUCACACAUCUGUUACAGCUAGUGGAGACCAGAGAGAAAAUCUAUGCAUACAUUGUAAUAAUCCAGGUUCAAUUAGAUUUUGGGUGGAUAAAGGAGUUGAAAUGAAAGGGGAAUCCAAACUCUUCGUCAGAGGAAGAGAGAAUAUGGUCAAAUCACCUCUCAUAGUGGAUUGUAAAGUAGACUGGAAUUUGAUGUGUAGUUGUGGUCUAACAUUUAUGAGUAAGACAAAACUUGGGUACCAUAUGGAUAGGUAUGCAGACUACCAUCCAAAUAAAUCAUACAGGACUCUUAAAGGAGAUGAUAUUCACUUGAUAAAAUCACUGGCUUGUUCUUUUUGUGGUAGAUCAUUUAAAAGUAGCAAUGGUUUACUGAGACACUUGAAGAGAAAUCAUUUUAGGAGGAAGACUGCAGAGACUGAUGAUGACAUUGUGGAGAGAAAUAAGAAAAAAACAAGUAGCCCAGGAAUUAGAGGUUCGGUCACAGACUCGGAGUGUGAGGAUUCAAGCAUUGGGAAUAAUGCCAAAUUUUUUUGGGAAAAACGCAGAUCUGAUCCAACUGGGAAGUACUCUGCAAAGUCCCUUUUGGCGCCUGAAGAAACAUGUUCAAAUUUAGCAUAUCCAGACCCUGAGACUAUAUUCCACAUGUCAAAGAAUACUACUGUCUCAGAUGAGGAUAUAGUGACUGAGAUUCUGACAAAUUCUGCAGAGAAAAUUGGGCCAAUUCGUCUGUUGGAUGCAGAAAGUCCCAAAAAGUCCAUCCAGAAAUUCAAAAACUUCAGCAUAACUGUAACGGCAGAUACAGAGAAUGCUGUCCGAGUAGUGACUAAGAAAUCGGAAAAUAAACUCAGAAAAUACAGCAAUGAAGGAAGUAGAACACCAUUUUUGAGUGAAGCAUUUGUAUUUAAAAAACAGAACACAGAUGAUAGGGAGAUGGAAAAAAUGGAAGAAGGUUGCAACAGUAGAGAUUGUAUUGGGACUUCAAUUGUUACUUGUGACAAAGACAAAGUCAAAGCAGUUAAUGUAGGAGUCGAUGAUGAUACCAGUAGUGAAGAUGGGAAAUCACCAACUCAAAAUACACAUCUGGAAACUGUUACAUUCAAUGUGCAGACAUACUUGAAUAAUUCACCUUCAAAAUAUUCUCCAUUUGUGAAACUGAUCAAGGUUGAUGAGUCAAACCCAAAGAUGUCACAAAGACACAUGAACAAGUAUGCAGCAAGUAAAUCUGUUUCCACAAAAAGUUUGCCAUCGGCCAUGACUUCUUCAAGGGCUGUUUUGAGUAGAAGGAAAUCUUUUGAAUCUAACAUGGCCACGAAAGUUGGAUUUGAAACAGAUGAUGCUUCUUUCAACAAAGCAGAUCAUCCAGAACUUGGACAACUUGGUAUUGAAGCAGAUUCUCACAUGAAGGAGUUGCAAUUACAGUUAGGUCAUGGAAAUCAAACUGGAUCAACCAGCACUGGUGAAUCUGAUGAAGAUGUGUGUGAACCAUCUGAUUCUGAAAUGAGAGAUCUAGAAGGCGAUAUCACCAUACAAGAAAAUAACACUGUGUCAGAUAUACCAAUGGAUGUUGAGCCAUUUGUAUUGAGAAAGGAAAAGCACAGUCAAAAACAGUUUGGAGAGAAAAGUGGCCAAACAACAAUGCAUGGGACCCAUAGAGGUCAGCAGGUGCCCAAGCAAAGUAGAGUGCCCCAGGUCAUUUCUCCAAAGUCAUCCCAAAGUAUUCUGAAAUCUGAUCAGCUAGUGACAAUAUCAGGACCUCUGUAUACUGAUCAAAAGUCAUCAUCAUCUAGUCAAAAUAGCUUCCCAUCAAAAUGUCAUGUAAAGAAGAGUAAUACUCAGAGCACAUCAACUUCAAAAUCAGGUGGUAAAUUAGUAGCAGCGCCAUCAAAUUGUAAUGAAAGAUCUCUGGAGUCAUCUACUGUUGCAGUGGGUGAAAGGGGUUCUAGUCCCAAGAAAGCUCAAAUGUACUGGAAGAAAACUAGUGCAAAGAAAGUAACUGCAAAGAAGAAUCUGUGCGUUCUGAGGAAAUUGUUAACAGAAAAACUCCCUGACAAUCCAUUUCAUCUCCAGAAUAAACCUUCAGUGAGAAGUAUUAGUUCUUGUGAAGAAAAUUCAGAAAAAUUAUUGAGGUCUGGCAAAACUGUAAGCAGAGGUUUUAAACAGGGAGGGACUUCAAGUAGAGGAAAUAACCUAACUCGACCCUACCUAAAGAGGAACACUACUAUUUCCAAAAUUCAAGCGAUAAAAUGUAAAUUACAAGGCAUCAAGAACAAAUCAAAACCAAAGCAAAAGAGUAUAGAACUUAUCAUGCAAGAUAAUGAAAAAUCGCAAGAUGCAGAUUCUUAUAAGGAUCAAGAUUUUGAUGGAAGUAUUUCAUCUAAUCAACAUGAGUUUGAAGAGGAACGAACGAUACGAAUAGAAAGCUUGAAAAAGAAAAUGUCAUUUCUUUCACAUAAAACCAGUGAAUUGAAGCAAAUGCCUUUGCAGGUCCCGAUGAAAGAAGUUGAUAAUUCAUUACAGUCAGUCAGAGAAAGAACCUCCUCUUCAACUAGUACUGAGAGGAAGAAAUCUAAAUUAAAGGCUUCAAAAAGGAAAUUAAAACUGAAUAGAGGUAGAAUAAGACCGAUCUCAAGGGAAGAGGUGCCAAUCACCCCAGAAAAGAACAUUGAAGAUUCCAUUCAUUUUCCACAACAAUUUGGACUUUCAGGCUCAAGAGAAAAAGGUGGGGGGCAAAGGCGCGUUCGUACAGACCUUCAAUUACCACUGGUCAGAGACGUGGAGUCGGUGGAUCACACUGGUAAAGAAAGCAGGGACACCAGGCACACAGAUACAGGAUCCGAGAAAAAUAAUCCACCAAGUAGACGUACGAGAAGUUGGAGCCCAGUAAAAAGUAGAACAGAAAGAAGCACUCCAAAAGUUACCCUCGUCGAAAAUGUGGUUGGUUCUCCUAAUGAGGAUAAACAACCAGUGGGGUAUAAUGUAGUAGGCUACAAGAUGCCUGUCAUCAAGUUAAACAAACUGGAAGAACAGGUGGAUGGAAAAUAUUUGAAACUUCUUUGGGAGGCUGUAGGGAAAUCUUCGCAGUCCACACAGAGCACACCAAAGGAAAGGUCGAAAAAAUCUUUAAAAUCAAACUCCGUGGAAGUAAGAAGAAGGUCACUAUCAGCAGAUUCUGCAUUAGGUUUUGAUGUCGGAGAGGACAAAAUUUCCAAGAACACGGAGAGAGUGGAAUUGUCUAGGAAUGGUGAUGAUGCUGAGAGAAAGGGAUUGUAUAAAUAUUUUAGCUUGAAAGAAAAUUUAGAUUGGAAGAUAGAUAGCAGAGAGACUGCUCUUAAGAUCAGUGAAGAUGUGGUGAGCAGUGCUUCAUCUAAAGAGAAGAAACGAGAGAUGGAAGCAGAAGAACAUUCGCCUUGCAGCUUAAUUCAAGAUAUCAGCAAUGAGGAAAUGUCCGAUCAUCAAGGUGAUUCGGAGAAAGAAGAUGCUGUGGAAACUACAGUUGCUUGUGAUAAAUCAUUACGUAAUGUGAAAGUGGAGAGAGCUAUAGUAGAUGAGACUGGUGUUGUUAACAAUCGGGCACAUGUUUUGUUUGUUCAUGAAAACAAAAUUGUGUAUGCUGAUGCACCCAAUGUUGUCCCAGUUGACGAAAAGGGGUUAACAAGUUUGAGAAAUCAAGUCGAUGAGAAGCGAUUACGGAGUGUAAAGUCAAGAAAAAGAAAAGCUAUUGAAGAUGUUACAACUGAAGAUGAGACAGAUGGGAAUAUCCAUCCUACAUUUCAACCCAAGAGAAAAGAAAUUUCAUCUGAUAUUUUGAAGGUCUGUGCUGGUGUAGUAGACAUAAAUACACCAUUAAAACCCCUAAAAGCACUGGAAGUUAAGGCAGUGAAUGAGGGUGAAGAAGUAGUGUCUUCUACCAUUGAAGGAAAUCUUGAAAAGAAAGAAAUGAUGGCUUGCAUGAUAGGUUUGAUGGAACUUGCUGAAGAUGUUGAUAAAGAGUCACAUGAUUUUCAAAUCAUUGAGCCCAGUUUUCUUAUCAAGAAAGACGAGAAAAUCAAGUAUAGUUGUCAUAAGUGUGAUAUCAACUUCAAUUUGAAAACUAGCCUUAAACACCAUAGAUCUACAUGUCAUCCAGAAGAUGAAUUUAGGAGUUUUGAUAUUGAUAAGAAAUCAAGUGUAGUGGAAAAUGUAGUUCAUGCUGCUCAAAAUUUUGAAGUGGUUGAUGACCUGUCCACUGCAGAUGAUAAGGACACUCUGUACUCCAUGCCUGUGGCUGAGUUGAGGGAGUGCAUUGGGCUGAUGUGGGGAAUUGACUUUAAUGCCUACUUAAUUCUAGAGAAGUUGAAGCUGGAGAAGACUAUUAAAGUGGCUGACCUGACACUGAACAGAGUACACAAACAGACAUGGAGAAUUGUGAACGAGACACGUCAAUCAGUCUCCAAUACUGUGAGUGUCGAACAUCAUCAGCAUGGAGAUUUGCUUAAUUUGUCUGUGGAAGAAGAAAAAGGACAAGAAAAUUCCCCCACAGAACAGUGUUUUAAUGAUAUGUUUGCUGUUUCUGAGCAGAUUCCUAACAUGGAAACAGUUGGAGAUUGCACCCAUCACUUGACUGAAAAAGAAGCAACCAGUCAUGUAAAUGAUACAGAAUAUAAGAUUUCAUUAGGUGAAAGCCUUGGACUAGAGCAGAUUCCUAACAUGGAAAUGUUAGGCGAUUGCUCCCAUCACUUGACUGAAAAAGAAACUACUAGCCAUGUAAAUGAUACAGAAUGUAAAAUUUCAUUUGGUGAAAGUCUUGGAACAACCAAUGCAAAAUCUUCAUGCCCUGUAUCAAAAAAGAAGAAAUUACAGAAUGUCAAAAUUGAUGAAGAUUCGAAAUCGAAGUUGAAGAUUAAUGAAAAAUCUUUGCCUACACCAUUGACUGAAUUUGAGAGAGCAAUAAUGGAACCAAAGGAGAAGCGCAAAAAACUAAAACGUAAACUUAGUGCAGCAGAAAGUGAAAAGGAUCUUGCCACAACAACUAGUGGAGACCAUAGUAAACCAGUCCAUGGUUAUGUUGCUGAUUUUCACCUUAAAGAAAAACCAAAAGCAAAUAAAAAAGUAGGAUCUGUUGUACCUCAAUCAAAAAUUGUUCAAAAAAUUCUGAGGGAUAAAGCAAGGGAAGAGGAAAUGGAAAGCAGGAAGUUAGUUCCAGUAACAGACGAGGCAUUGCCAUCAUUUGAAGAGAUUUUGCAACAAAAGCCUUCGCAAGAUGUUGGUCAUGUAGAGAAGUUCAGAUUUGGGGCAAAACAGAAUAAGAAAAUAAGUGAGCCAAAACCCACUGUUGUCUACUCUAUGGGUAUGGCUGGUAGCAAUGCUGUUUCAGUGCCAUCAUCAAAGAAGGUAAGCUUGGAAACCCAAUCCCUUCAGGACAUUUACAAUGCUAUUUUAGAAGGAAUCCAAAAUCCUCAAAUAAUAGGAAAAAAAUCUGAUGUCUUGUCUUGUACACUGAAGAAUUCCCAGUUUGAGGAACCAUCAACAUCCACUGGCAUUAAAAGAGCUGCAGAUGUCUAUGCUUCUGCUUCCAAAAAAGCCAAAGUGGAGUCCAGAAUCGGCUUGAGAGAAGAAGACAUGACUCCUGAUAGCACUACACCAGACAAAUAUCUCGAACAGGGCACAUCUGAAAUGGACACAACUACCCAGGAAGCUAUGCCCAACGAAAUGAACAAUAUCGGUUUGCAUUCAUCAGUUGUGUCAUCCAAUGUGAGCAGUACAGGAGAAUCAGGUGUUUGGAAAGAGAAUGAAGUUUCCCAUCAGUCUGGAAAAACUGGUCUGGAAAAGCAAGGCAUUCCUAAAUUCACAAGCACUCCCCUAAAACAAGACAUUCCAAACUCAAAGAAAAGCCCAUGUCACAUUCCAGAAUAUGCCUCCACUACUGAGACCGUAUGUUCCAGACUAGAGCUUGGGGAAAACCUGAUGGACAGUGCAGGAACGAAUGAUAAUGACAUUAAAGAAGAUUCCAAGACCAAUGUGGAAGAGGGUAUUAAAGACGAUGUAGAAAGCAUGGAAUAUAAACUCCUUCAGGAUCAGAUGGAAGUUCAAGAUGUGAAGGAUGAACAAAGAAGGGACUUGAAAUGUCACGCCAAGAAUAAAGACGAUGCAAUGGAAUGCAAUGAUGAAGAUAAGGAUUCUAUAAAGAGUCGGAGUAGGGAUGAUCGAGAAAGUGAGGACGAGGAGGAGGAUAAGGAUGAGUCUGAGGAGGAAGAUGAUGCAGAGAAGAGUGAAGAAUCUGAGAGUGAGAAGGAAUCCGAAACCUCUGAAGAGUCAGAUCAAGAAUCAGAGAGUGAAGCUGGAAGAGAUUGUGAUGUUAGCAAAUACACCAAUUUGGAUAUUGAUGUUGAUGUACUAAAUGUGUGUGCUUCGGAUGAGGAAUCCUGGCUGAAUGAAGAGGAGGAAGAGAUGGUGGAGGAAGAGAAGGAGGAGAUGGCGGAGGAAGAGAAGAUCACAGAUGAUGAGAGAGAUGAGGAUGGAGAUUUGGAAGAAAAAGAGGAGGAUGAUAUCUGUGUAAAGGAGGAACUUGUGAAGAAGGAGGAGGCAUUGGCAGAGACAAGGUCAGCAAGGGAUAUUAAGGAUGAAACUGACAAUGUAAUAGUCAUGGAGAGCACUGUGGAAUGUGAAGACAUAGACUUUAAGCCCAACACCAUCAUGGUUAAUUUGAUUCCCAAAGGAUUCUGUUUCCAGUUCAUUCACUACAAUGUCUGUAACAAGCCGAUGUGUUCAUACAAACAUAAUGUACCAUCCAAGGAUGAGAUAUUUAAGAAAGGACUACGUGAAAUUUCUCGGCUUCAUAGCCAGAGUGACAAGAUGGGGGCCUAUGAAAUUUACAAGAAGCUUCUGGAACUGAAUUUUCAUGAUCAGAUCCCCACCAAGCACAUCAUGCAGUUACUAAGGUUGGCAGAGGAGGACUGUGAUAUGAAUAUGGCCUUUGACCUACUCAGUCAUGCUGAAAAAAUCAAAUCCAUUGAGUUUCAUGCUAUCUUGAUCUCGAUGUGUAGUCUCUGCCCGGCACAUUAUGAAGAAAACUUAUGGACAUUGUUCUCCUGUAUCCAGAACUUCAGCAAAUGUUUGACCAGUCAGAAUGUUGUAAUUCUCCUCAGAGCUUUCCAAGAGAAGCAACAAUGGCUGAAGUUGUGGAACGUAAUCAAUUACAGUCUCCAUUGCCAUGGAUUUUUGCCUCCAGCAUACAUCACUCGAUCAGCUUUACAAGCUGUUCAGGAGAAUCCAGAAAUAUGUAUCCAAGAGGCAGCUCACUGGAUCCAGAAAUGUGACCCAGAACAGUUUUAUAACCAAGAUGUUGAGUUGUUGGGUCCAAUGGCUGAUGUUUGCUUGCAGCAUAAUUUUCCAAAGGCUGCAAGCACUCUGAGAUCUGUAGCCAAUAAAACACAACCAGCUAUCAUAGAGAAUUCAUUGCAGGGUAAUAUUGUGGACAAAGACUCGGAUGUAUCCAGUGUUAAUUCAGAGGACAGAAGUUCCAUGCAAGAAAAUGUCAACUCAGAUGAACACAAAUCCCUUAUUCACCGAAUCAUGGGUGUAAGAUUCUCCAAGAAUUGGGAGUAUUUGGCCCAAACAUUUUUAGAACUGAGUAAUCUAGAACAGGCAAGGGACCCACGAUUUAUCCGUGCAUUUGUUGAUGUUUUCACGUGGGAAAAAAGUAAUCCCAACUCACUUGUGGAUUCCUUCAAAGACUUCUUCGAAUUUGUCAACUGUUUUUUUAUCAAAGAAAAAACUGAGGAUGUACUUUCCAAGAUGGACAGGUCCUCUCUGGCUAUGAUUGGAGCUGAACUUGUGAAUUUCUGUGCCUUGUCUCAGUGGUGGCGGGAGGGGCUAUCUGUAAUCCAGAUCCUCCAAAAAAACAAUGUGCAAUACCUCACACGUAAAUCUCCAGGUGGUGCCCUAAUGUCCACCAUCGCCAUUGAUGUCUGUCUACGGUGCAAGAAGCCAUACCAAGCCGUACAACUGAUAACAGCAUGCCAGUGGUCAUGCGUUGAUGGCCUAAAGAUAGACAAACCAGAUUUCAGGGAGCGGGUUGUACAUCUAAACACUUUAGUGAAACAGUUCUUAGCUUUAAAGAGACCAGUCUUGGCUUUGACUGUAAUCUGUAAAGUCCUCCAAAAGGCAAACAGAGAUAACCAGAUCGAUCUUUAUAAUUCUUUAAUAGGAUUUGAAGAAAAUUUCCAUGCUAUAAUGAACCUUUGCAUGGAGGUUGGUGAUCCCCGUAGGGCAUAUGCUGCUUUUGAAGUUUUUAAGAAUGGUUAUACUUCCGCUGUGCUUAACGUCGAAAUGUUGCGGAGAUUGGUGACUGCUUGUGGAGAGAGCCAGUAUUCGAUCCCUGGUGCUCACAACAUUUACAACUACUUGACAGCUCUAAAUGUGUAUCCAACACAAGAUAUUCCCAUUGACCCUCGGCCGCUGUGUGUGAAGCUGACUAUGAACAUGUCCCAUGUGGAGAGCAUUAUUCUCAUAGAAGACUUCAUGUUGUGGUUGUAUAAUUUUCUCUGUGAUUGGUGUGUCCAGCACGAGACUGUUGUUGUACCAGAGGAAUAUUUAAUUAUAUGUGUCAGAUUUGCUGAUGGGGAUGCCGCUGGGCCUCACCAGAGAAUGAUGGAGAGGAAGUUGAAAGAACUGAAAAAUUUGAUGGAUAUCAAAUUUACUCCAGGUCUACAAACGUUCCUCAGACCCCCAAUGAAUGAUGGGAGAGGCAUAGCAAUGCAAAUAACUAGUCCAUCAGUGUUUAAUUAUCUGUUGGCUUUGGACAAAGGAGAGAGAGGAAAAUUUCAAGGAUUUCGAAGAAAAGGAGUAGGUGUCGGAGGACCUAAGUCAGGUCCAUGGAACAGACGAGACUCUCAUUGUGAUGGCCGCUUUUAGAGAUAGUCCAGGAACAGACGAGACCCUCAGUGUGAUGGCUGCUUUUGGUGACGGAAAAUAUGCACCGCAGAUCCUCCUUCUGUUUAAGUUGAAUGUGGUUUAGAACAGUGAUUUUAAUUCACUUAAGAAAUAUGAAGUUGAAGUGAUUGAGUUCAAGUAUUGGUUGUCUAGAGAUAUUAACUGCAAGCAUAAUGGAAUGCAUCAUUAAUACAUGUGCUCUACUGAAAAUGAAAAGUUACUAAAUUUUGAGAGCAGUGUUUUAAAAGUGACUGAAAGAAACUGUUGAUCGGUUUUUAUUUCCUUACUUAGACUAGAAUGUGUAAAAAAGGGGUACAGUAUACUACAAACAUUGCAUUUAACCUGUCGGAGAAUAUUAGAUAUUAAUGACUACUGUAUACAAUGUGUAGCAGUGAAUGCAGCAGUAUACAGAAACACUUACAAUGUAGUUAGUUUUAAGUUCAAUGAGAUAUUAGUCUUUUCUCUGCUAUCAAUUGCUAUUUUGACUGAUUUACGUGUUCAUUGAAGCUUUUACACAAAUUGUGUUCAUCUUGAAAUCCAUAUAUUGGAUUUCCAUCUGUUUUUCAUAGAAGGGCAUUUAUGACUUGAUAUGGAAUUCGUUUUCAUAAGGUGCUGAAAAGAGCUAAAUGUGUUCAGUGUUCAUAUUCCAUGAUUGUUUUAUUUUCAGUUGUGUAUUGUAACAAAAUUCAAACUUGUAGAAUUUUAUGACAAUCAACUCUUGCUUUUUAAUUGUGGUACAUGUAUUGUUGUACACGAACUUGGCUGUAAAAUAAUUGAAAAUCAGGAGAUCCUUAGUUGAUUAGAUGUUGAAGAUAUGUUGAUGUAUGUAUGGUUGAUAUGCAUUAAUCUUCACAAGACUUUGAUGUGUCACUGGUCAGUCGGGCUCACAAUUUUACAAGCCUUUAUAAAAACAUGAUGGUAAUAGCAAAUCACUCUUUAAAAAAAUGUCUUUAGCUCACCCAAGUAACUCGAGACUGCAAUUUUCCUUGCCAAAGUCAUUUACUAGUGAGUCAUUGUGAAAGACGGGUGUAUUGUUAAAAUGUUGUUAAAUUGUGUGUCAUAAGAUGAUGGACAUGGAAUCAUUGCAAUGAAACCUCCCAAGUGUAUAUAUUGUUCAUAUUUAGGGAUCAUGAUUUAUGUGAUACAUGUGGAGAAACAUUCAGUUACAAUAAAAACUUAUUCCAGGUUUUAGCUCAGAUCUUCUAAGAAAAAUUGGUCUGUGGAAAGAGGGAGAAAAAGAGGGGGUUGAACGAAUGGUCAGCCCCUUUUCAACUUUUCUUAAACUACAAGAAGAAUACCCAUGGCCCCUAUUGAUUAAAUGAAGGUUACAAAAUUAUGAAAGAAUAUGAUUUUUAGAUGAUAUCUCAAAUCCUAUCUGAGCUUCAGCAAUCAAACCUAACAUGAAAUCUCUGGCAUUGGUUUUGUUCUUUUAGAUCAAAAGUCAAGAUCACAUAUAUUAAGAAUUUUUUUUCCAGUAAUGGAUUGUCAUAAUUUAAGCAGGGGAUUUAGAUUAACUAAAUUUGCUUCCUUUUUAUCCAUUAGAACUGCCUGCCAAAAUUGACAUUUGUUUUUGUUCAAGAGUUUUGAUGAAUCUGUUGCGAUUCUUGAUAUGAUGGAAAUGACAUUGAUUUGGAUGUACAAGAUUUUUUUUUUAAAAAUGACAUUUUCCUGUAGAUUUGAGUCAGCCUUGAACAAACAUAUUUACGCCGUAUUUUUUCCAGUACCUUUUUAAAAAUGAUAGAAAGCAUUUUCAGUUUGGAAGUGGAUUCUGGGGUUAAGUUUUAUGGAGGCUGAUAAGUCCUUCUUAGACUUCAUAAUAUUCUUGUGAUCCAACAAAGAAUUUUUCUUUUUUUGGAUGGGAUUCAAAUUUUAAUGCCUUUAGAGAUAAGCAAGAGCACUAAUUUAUGGCUGAGCAAAAAUAAGAAAAUAUUUAUUUCUCCGUAAUCAUAGAAGAAGCACUUGGUAAUGAUUAUACAAUGAAUAGUGCAUCGGCACUCGCCGCACAAAAUUUCAAAUCCGCCGUUACUGUAAUAGGUAUCCGUACAGUAUAUGUGGAAGUGGUUAUAUUUUAUGUGUAUGAUAUCGGUUAUACUAUGAGACAGAUGGAGUUUGUGACCUUUAAACCUUUCAUUAGAAGUUCAUUUGAACUGAAACGAAAGGAAUUUUGUUUUGUAGCUUGCAUAGAUUUACUUAAAAAAACAAACAACAAUUCUGUGAUAAUAUGAACUUCAUUUACACUCCUUGCAUUGUUGCUUAGAAUGGGUCCAGCAAAAUAUUUGAAAAUUUCACUAUAUGCCUUAUAAACUAGUCAUUGUUAUUUUGUAAUAAAGAGAAAUGAUUUGUUUGUUCAUUUUAUAUCCAGCAUCAAAAAGAAUUGAUGUUAACAUUACCCACCAAAACCCUUCAUUAUUAUUUUGUCAUUACAUACAGGAUGUAUGCAUUUGUUGUGAAUAUACUUGAAUAAAAUUUAUCGAUUUUCAAA